CGCGAGGCGCGGGCCGCGGGGCCGGCGCGGAGGAUGCACGCGGGGGUCCUGGGCCUCUCCGCCCUGCUGCUGGCGGCCGAGCAGAGCGCGCGCCUCUACACCAUGGUUUACUACUUCACCGCAGGCCGGCUCCUCUGGGGCUGGCUGACCCUUUCUGCGCUACUGCCUGGCUUCUUGGUCCAGGGCCUGAGCUAUCUGUGGUUCCGAGAAGAUGGACAUCAAGGUCACGGCUUGCUGGCGGUGCUGCACCUCCUACAGCUUGGCGUGUGGAAGCGGCACUGGGACGCCGUGUCCACUGUUCUAUCGAGGGAAGAGGAAUCCUCUGGCCGGGGCCAGCUGCUGCUACAGGAGGCCGACCUGUCGGCCCUGCGCCUCUUGGAGGCUCUGCUUCAGGUCGGGCCCCACCUGCUGCUUCAAACAUAUGUCUUCCUCACCUCGGACUUCACCGAUACCGUGCCAGGGCUGAGCGCCCUGUGCUCCUGGUCGGCGCUGUCCUGGGCCCUGGUGUGCUACACCCGCCUCCUGGGCUCUAUGAAGCCCGGCCGCCUCUCCGUGUCCUGGACGGCCCUCGGCUGCCAGCAGCUGUGGAGGAUGGGCAUGUUGGGAUCCCGCGUCCUGAGUCUGGUUCUGUUCUUCAGAGCUUACCACGUCUGGGUUCUGGCUGUCGGAGGUGCCCACUGGCUGGUGAUGACAUUCUGGCUUAUGGCUCAGCAGAGUGACAUCGUGGACGGCACCUGGCACUGGAGGCUGUUCAACCUGCUCGUGGGGGCUGUGUACAUCCUCUGCUACCUCGACUUCUGGGACAGCCCUUCCAGAAACAGGAUGGCCACGUUCUACAUGAUUAUGCUGCUUGAGAACUCCCUCCUUGUGCUGCUGGCCACACACUUCCUCCAGGGGGCGUCGUGGACCAGCCUGUGGGCUGUAGCUGGAAUCUUGUCUGGAUUUCUGAUUGGUGGUGCCUCACUGGUAAUUUAUUACAACCUGCUACAUCCUAAAUCCACAGACAUCUGGCUCAGCUUUGUACGGAAGUCCUGCGGCGUUGUGGGGAGUGAUAAAGCAGAGGGAGACUCUUCUCCCGGGGCCCUGGGUCCAGCUGGGGAGAGACCGGAGAGCCAGGGCACGGGCCAGGAGGAAAGUUACGAGCUACCAGGUCUGGGGAGGCCCCCCAGCCCACAGUGGGGUCCCCCAGAGGCCGGGCUGGAAAGCCAAAUUGCUGGGGAGGGCUCUUUCCUCAGUCACCACCACUGGCUGUUGGUGAAACUUGCCCUGAAAACAGGAAAUGUGUCUAAGAUCUACGCAGUCUUUGGAGAAGACAAUCCUAGCCAUUUUUGUUCCAUUACGUGGGGGGUGAGCCAGCACUGCAACCAGCAGAGGAAGCCCUCGCUUCCCCAGCAAGAGCUUCCCUUGUCACCCCUUGAACCCCUAGCCUCAGAGAAAGGCUCUGAGUCUCAAGCUGCCCUGAGAGUGGAGGCUGACCUGUUGGAAACCUCAAGUUAUGUCUCUUUUGCCAGCAAUAAUUAUGACAGAGCUCCUGCCCAGAGGCUGUCAGCUACACAGCAGGAGGGCCGCCCAGGGGAAGGAGCCGAGGCUAUCUCUGAGGUGCAGGGGAGGGGUGCAGAUGGGUGGCCCAGUGCAGGGGAAGGACAGGACAGCUCCACGCUGUACUUCAGCGCCACUGCAGAAGGGGCCAUGUCCUCACCCCAAGAAGGUGGGCCGGCAGCUCUGCAGAUGUCCCACUCUGGGAGGAGAGUGGGAAGGCACAGCCCCGCCCAGCCUGCCUCACCUCUGCCAGCCACUAAGCCCUUUCCUGUCACCAUGGCCAACAUCAGCCCGAUCUUAGGCCCGGGCUCAGGGAGAAGCGUCCAUCGCAGGGCAGGCUGCCCUGGCAGAGCCCUGGGUGGCUCACAGCACGGGAUGCAGCAGGAGUCGGCGAGUGACCUGAGCCACACAGCCACGGCUGGCUCACAGACCUCACUGCCGAAAAUGAGCCUGAGGCCCGCAGAUGAGCCCUGCCUCACCUCCACCCCCAAGUCCGAGCCCACCCACAGGGGCUGCAGCUGGAGGGACAAGUUUGAGACAAGUUUCUUCAUCUGACCAGUCACAGGGGAGCAAGAAGCGGGCCAGCGGAUCAGGCUGGUCACUGGUGUUGGGACAGGAGGCAUCACACUUCUGACACGUCCACCUGAGCCCACCACCCCCCCUCCAGACCUCUACUCGCACAGCCAGAGAUGAGGGCAGCCCCAGGCUAGAUGCCUUCCCAGAUCGCCUGCCGACACCACCCGCCACGCCUAUGCACUGAGCCGUUCUCCAACAGUGUGGGAGGUGGAAGGAAGGCUUCAAUCAGUAUCAGCUGCUUCUGUUUACAAACUACGUGUUCCUUUUCUCCCUCCUGUGGUUUCUAGGAAACUCAAAGGUAAAACCCAGAGUCCUAUUUUAUUCUGGGUUCUUGUUACAGCUAGCUUCUUCUGACACUGAUUUUAUUAACUUCUCUGUUUGAAAAUGCAUUUUAACUACAUUAUUUUAUGAAAUCUCAUGAUAAGGUAAUGCAAGCCCUGUCUGGAAGUAGAGGAGAAUUGUGUACUUAUAGUAUCACUGUAAACAAGAACGCAGGUGUCAUUGUGAGGUUCCCUUGUCUCUUUGGCAGAACUUGACUGAUAUUCUGUAAAACCCACAGUCCUUCCUGCAGGCUGGCCUGCCAGCAGUUAUUAGUCAGAGCCCUCUUCUCCACGACUGGCUUCAGACUCUGUCCCCUUUAUUUCCAAACUCGGAUCCCUCCUCCAUUCAGUGUGAGACUGUGAUGUAAGCUCAGCCAACAAGGGAAUUAGUGCCCCUUACCCCUUUGCUGUUUCUUUCUAACUCUUCUCCUUAAAGAUGUUAUUUGUAGAUAGUUAUUUCCAUCAUUUUCAAGCCUCCCUUUAUAGCUUGUUAAAGAGGUCCAAUCAGAAACUAUCGAAGCAAAAGACAGGGCACCUGGGGGGCAACCUGCUUGGUGCUGGUGCUUUUUACCUUUUCCAAACACCUCUGGGAUCCAGGACAGUGUCUGAGCCUCAACGAGGAAGUGAAGAGUAACUCAGCUUAGCUCACACGUGGUAAGAGCUUGUACGUUUUCUGCCCUAAGCUUUCAGAUCAUCAGCAACCCUGCUGCCAACCACAUAAACCAACCUGAGAUAGCAAAUGAGUGGCUAAGCACCUUUGUUAACAACAGGUAAACGCGAAGUACAGAGAGUUCAUUAACAGGACAAAAGAUGGCCCACAGUUACUGACUGUGCUAUUAUAUUACAGCACACUUGUUCCUCCACAGCCUCUCAUCCAACCAGGAGCCUGGGCCUAUACAUUGAUUCCUAACAGACCCCUACCCCGUGCUCAUCCUCCAAGACUCAGCUCAAACUCGGCCUCUCCAGAGCCUUCCCUAGCCUUGCCUGCCCCCGGCUGUACUCCACAGUUCCCUGCCCUCUAGUGACCUCUUCCUAAACUCGAAUGAGCCCUUGCACCAAAGGCUAAUUAAGAGUUGCAAAUCCCGACCUGUGUAGCUCCAGGGCCCAGCACAGUACCUGGCACACAGCAGGCACUGGGACACUGGGAGGAGCUCACUCAUCAGUCAUGACUGAGUCACGAGGUGCGGCUUUACAGCAGGUCUAGUCCUCGCAGGCAGCUGUAACCAGAUGCCAUAACCUGGGGGCUAAAACAGAAGACAUUUCUUUCUCACAGUUCUCAAAGUCAGAAGUCCAACAUGAAGGGACUUCAAGGACUUCCCAGCUCUCUUUUAGGUCCUGACCCGAGGGCUGGGUGUGGUGUGGUGAAAACAGAUUUUAUUCAGAGGCCUUCUCAACAGGGGAAGAGACCUCAGUAUCAAACCCGCUGGACUCUGAACCCCAUGCAGUCUCCAAAAGUGGGCUCCCCGGGUCCGGCAGCAAGGGAAGCCAGUCUUGGGCGAUCUGACAGUACCCACCCAGGUCCCCAAAGCAACACCCUCGGCAUCUUCCACAAGCCCUAGAGCACUUACCGCUAAGCCGAGCUGCGACGCAGCUGUUAUAAAUGUGUCUGCUUUUCCCUGCUUCCCUCACCCCUCACACAAGAGGAAAAUAAAGGGAUUUAUUUUUAUCUAUCUAGUUUACUUACACUCUGGAUUGCUGGUUAAUAUCUUUCCAUGGCCUUUGCAGGCACAGUGACGAAAUUCACUGCAAGUUCUUCUAUUAAUAAGCAGGAAAAAUGGAAAAAAAUGUGUAACUCUCUGGGAUGAUGGAUGGUAAUGAGACUCACUGUGGUGAUCGUUUCACAAUAUGUACAAAUACUGAACCAUCAUGUUGUACCCCUGAAUAUAACGCAAUAUGUCAAUUAUACCUCAAUAAAAAAACAAAAGAGAAGCAGAGAAACAAGAGUGGAAGCUUUACAUCUCUGCCCUCCUCUGACAUCAGAAGAGAGCCUAGAAUGAAGACAGCUUUGAAGAUCUUUUAUAACACACACAGGGUGGUCAAGGGGAAAAGAAUCAGAUACGAC